AUGUAUAUUGGUGGAGGACAGCAUCUUGUGGCCGGUCCUGGGGCUCCGGGCCGGGGGGCGAAGACUGUGAUUGAUCCGGAACACACAACCACCUGGGCACCCGGCCAAUUGAAUGCUAGAUCCGAAGCUGUCAAUUGUGCCGCUCGUCGCGCCGUAGAUCUGGAUUACACAUUCGCCAAAGAGCAAUGCGCACAAGCGACCUUGCCGUAA